CGCGCAGGGUCACCAUGAUAUCAGGGUUUCGCAAAGGCGAAUGAACCUUUCGGCAUUUCGCCGUGGUCAACCGGAUCAGCAAGGUGUGGUGAUUUUCGCGUCACCAGCCUUGAUCUGGAUUUAUAAUACACAUAAGUUAAGGACACUUUCUACGAUGAAAGCGGUGGUCUUCCUAGUUGCGAUAGCGGUAACUAGAGCUCUUCCACUCUCAAAGGUGCACGUGAAAUUUGUUUCCCCUCCGCACAUAUACGAGCACGGAAUUACGACGGACGGGGACCGCACGAUCGACCAAAGGUCAUACAUCUCCAUCGGUCGAAGGAGUACCACAGGAAACACGAAACAGUUUGGGGAACGUAUCGAUACGUCGAAGAACAGUAUACCUGUAUACAUUAAGCCGGAAAAUGCUGAGGCCUUGUGGCCGGUGGGUGUGUUCUUACCACCGGUGGAUAUUAACGAUCUUGGAUACAGUUCGCACGAAUCGAGGCACACAACUCCUGAUUUCUCUAACGGACUUGCGUAUCACGAUCCGUAUCUAUUGACGGGUGAAAAAGCGAUGAUAGCGGUGAAAUAUCUUUACGGUCUAGGCGAACUGUUUUACGACAACAUUCCACAUGAAAGAGCGCUGUUAAAGAACCAAGAAGAAAGAAGGCAAAAUGGUCUCCAUGACCACAUAUUAAAGAGUUUGAGGCCGACGUCUGCAUUCUACAGGAAACCUCGAUCAACCCGCGAUCGCUUUAUUUAUUAGUAAAUUUCCCAGCGAACGCCGUACCUUCAUAAAUGCUAUACAUUCUCUUAAGGUGAACGCAAAACAAACUUACAACAUAUUUUCAUAUUCUGCACGUAAUUGAAAAUUUGGAACAAUUAAACAUAUCUUGUUAUAUGGCUGAAUUGAAUUUCUACGUUUGAUACACGAUUAAAACAUUUCAAAAGUAACAACUAGAACUGUAUCACUAUGUUUCUGUUUGCCACAUGAGCAUUAAUUUAUUGCCUUAUUCAACGUAAAACUUAAUUAAUGAUUCACUCGUUAAAUGCGUCGGUAUUCGUAGGUCGCGUGUAAAACAGAUGUAGUGGAAACGUAAUGUAAGUGCCGUUAUUGUUCACGGACAGUCUGCGGUUAACACUUUCGCAAGUGUGAUUUACACAAAUUGCAAUGUACCGUAAUUAAUACAGCAAAAUAUUUUGGCCAGUUCUGUUCAACAUUCUGUCAGGAUUUAUGACGUGAAAGCUGGACAGUUCGUGGUUUCGCCACGAUUGAAACACAUGAAAUACGUAACCAUAAAUAUAUAGACAUUAUAUUUUCACAGACUUUACACUAGACUCGGUAACAAUACAUCAUUUUCUAUCGUGCGAACUACACGUACAAGCUCAGGAGAAUCGCGUCAUAUACAAGGAACUUUUUAUAUAAUAAUAUACAUUCGUUAAUUCGGUUCUAGCGGUCUCAGAUGAACCAUCGAAGCAGUACGCACAGUGUCGUGACAAUCAACCCGUUGGAGAUACCCAGUUUCUCCGUUCCGUUGCAUAGAUCACCGAGGCAAAGGCACAUGUACACUUUCUUGUAAUUCCAAACGGUGUAAGCGCAUCUCUCCUCCCCGUCAUCGGGGCCCCGUUGAAAGCAAAGCCUUUGCGUGGCGGUGCCAUAUUCUACACGAGAAAAUAAAUUAUUUUCAAAUACAA